GAGAGAGAGAGCACGCCAGCCAGCUAAAGCUGCCACUUUCUUCCCCCCUCACUCCUGUUCCCCGUCCUAGGAUCCAAUGAUAACUGGACAAGUCAGUAAGCCCUCGCUGCUGCUGUCAGUGCGGAGUGAAAUGAAUGCAGAGUUGAGAGGUGAGGACCAGGCAGCGACUCCAGACAGCGAGCUCAAUGAGCCCCUGCUUGCGCCCGGGGAAUCCAAUGACAGCCAGGACGCUCCCAGCAAGCUCUUCGGGGCCAGAGGAAACCCGCCACCCGCUGACACGAGUGCUACUGAUCAACAUCCGUCCACCCAGGCCCACCCAGCAGCCUUCCCUGUCGGGCCCCAGCCACUGCUGACGGCGCAGCAGCUAGCCUCUGCCGUGGCCGGAGUAAUGCCAGGAGGCACGCCAGCCCUCAACCAGCCGAUCCUUAUUCCUUUCAACAUGGCAGGACAGCUGGGUGGUCAACAAGGACUGGUUCUCACCCUGCCUACCGCCAAUCUCACCAACAUCCAAGGGCUGGUUGCAGCUGCAGCUGCGGGAGGCAUCAUGACUUUGCCGUUGCAAAAUCUCCAAGCUACCUCAUCCCUGAAUUCCCAACUCCAACAGCUUCAGCAUCUCCAGCAACUCCAACAGCAGCAGCCCCCACCCGCACCCCAGCAGACCGGACCGCCACCCCAGCAGACCAACCAGCAGCCACCACCAGCUCAGCAGCCACCCCAGCCUCAGCCCCAGCCGCAGCCCCAGCCGCAGCCACCUCCACCCCAGCAACCCGCCCCUCCGCCUCAACAGCCCCCGCAGCCACCAGCGCCAUCGCAGCAACCCCAGCAGAGCCAAACCCAGGCUCCAACGUCAAACCAGUCUCUGGCCCAGCAGGCCUCCAGCUCUCCCCAGAAACCCAGUCAGUCCCCCGGACACAGCCUUCCAUCACCUCUCACUCCAUCGAACCCACUGCAGCUGGUUAAUAACCCACUAGCGAGUCAGGCAGCGGCAGCAGCUGCGGCAGCAGCAGCAACCAUGAGCUCCAUAGCGAGCUCGCAGGCUUUUGGCAAUGCGCUCUCCAGCCUUCAGGGGGUCACAGGCCAACUAGUUACUAAUGCCCAAGGACAGAUUAUUGGAACCAUCCCUCUGAUGCCUAAUCCAGUGCCAUCCAGCCAAGCUGCAGGAGGAGCACAGGGCCUCCAGGUGCAGCCAAUCACCCCCCAGCUAUUGACGAAUGCACAGGGUCAGAUCAUUGCCACAGUCAUCGGGAAUCAAAUCCUGCCUGUGAUUAACACCCAAGGAAUCACGCUGUCCCCAAUAAAGCCAGGCCAACAGCUCCACCAACCCUCCCAGACACCAGUGGGUCAAGCUGCCUCCCAGGCCAACCUUCUGCAUCUGGCUCACAGCCAAGCAUCCAUGUCUCAAAGUCCUGUCCGCCAGGCUUCCUCCUCUUCCUCCUCCUCCUCCUCCUCUUCAGCUUUGAGUGUUGGCCAGUUAGUCAGCAAUCCACAGACAGCAGCUGGUGAGGUGGAUGGGGUGAAUCUGGAAGAAAUCCGAGAAUUUGCCAAAGCUUUUAAAAUCCGGCGCCUGUCUCUUGGUCUGACGCAGACCCAAGUUGGCCAGGCUUUAAGUGCCACGGAAGGCCCAGCAUACAGCCAGUCUGCCAUCUGCAGACACACCAUCCUGAGAAGCCACUUUUUCCUACCACAGGAAGCCCAAGAGAACACUCUAGCUAGCAGUCUGACAGCCAAACUGAACCCUGGCCUUUUGUAUCCUGCCAGGUUUGAAAAGCUGGACAUCACCCCUAAAAGUGCCCAGAAGAUCAAGCCGGUGCUUGAACGGUGGAUGGCUGAGGCUGAGGCCCGCCAUCGGGCAGGUAUGCAGAACCUGACCGAGUUUAUCGGGAGCGAACCCUCCAAAAAGCGCAAGAGGCGUACCUCCUUCACGCCCCAAGCCCUCGAGAUCUUGAAUGCCCACUUUGAGAAGAAUACACACCCUUCAGGGCAAGAAAUGACAGAGAUUGCAGAGAAGCUGAAUUAUGACCGAGAAGUAGUUAGAGUUUGGUUCUGCAAUAAGAGACAGGCCCUGAAGAACACAAUUAAACGUUUAAAACAGCAUGAGCCGGCCACAGCCAUCCCAAUGGAGCCUUUAACAGACUCUCUGGAAGAAAAUUCCUAAAGGGAGCGAAAAAGAGACACACACACACACACACACACACACACACACACACACACACACCCCAACCUAAAACAAAUGUAAGAAGAGGAAAGCCUGUCACUGGGACUGGGCAAUUAUAGCUCCAUUUGUCACCCUUGUAAGUAAAAGACUGAGAAAACAACAAAGUGGACCGAACACUUUCUAAAUGUCCAUGUGAUUUUCCAAAACAAUUAAAAUGUUCAUGAAGAAUGCCCCACACUUGCUGUGUGUGGUAGAAUUUUCCCCCCACUUUCCCCUCCCCUCAAAAAGCCAGUUUUUUAAUGGACUGAAAGUAAACCAAAUAACUGAGUGCAUUUUUCUGUAUAUUAUGAAAAUGUGGACACAUUUUAAGGGGGAAAAAGCAAAAAACAAAAAAGCAAACCAACUUGUAUGUGUUCAAAGAGAAUCCAAGCCUGCCACCUGGAGGGGAGAAUGUAGCCUUCCAAGUACCAAGGGCUGGUUCACUCUGGAGCCUAUUAACCAAAGUCAGAAACAUGGCGCCGCCAGCUCGGCCGAUUGUUAGUCUACACUUUUAUGAGCGUAAAGUUGUGUUACGAAUUUUUACAUUUGUACUUUCCAGAAAUAAUAGAAAGGCUGGUUUUUCCCAUCUCUCCUGCCUGGUAUUCUCACCCGUGGGGUGGGACCACUUCCUGAAGCCAUCCUGUGACACUCACGAUGAUUUGUCAUCUGGGGCUGAGUGGUCUCCAAGUGGCCGUAUGCCAAAUUGGUGGUAUUUUCCUCCCGUGAUAACUUGUGGGUUUAAAAGAAGAAAAGGAAGCAAGUGACAUUUUGUUCCUUCUCUGUUAUGGAUUUCUGUGCCUCUCCCCACACCUGCAUCCCCAAAAUUCUGCCUAACCGUCCUAAGAGGGAGGAAGUAAAAGCAUCUUUCCACUUUGACUCUGAUGGAAUGGAAUUGGGAAAUUUUGAGCUAACAAGGAAUACUCUCAAUGAACUGUCACCGUUAGCCCAUGCUGUAAUUGUGCUCAUUGCUGUCCACAGCAUGGCUCUUGGUUUUUUCUGUCUGUUUACAUGGAACGUGGAACACUCACCAAAAUUCAUUUUGUAAGAGAAAUAGAAAUUGCACAUUUGGUUCAAUACUUCCACGCAACAUGAUGCAGCCAACACUUACUUACAUCCCUGUGUUGGGGUCCUGUGCAAAAUGAUUUCUCUCCAAAGUCUUCUAGCCAAAGAAAUUUAUUGAAAUGCCAACAAAAAAUAUACAUUCCUACAUAUGCACCCCCAUUCCUAAAGAAACAGGUCAACAAAUAAACAAUGCUGUUAGGGUUGUUGCAGCCUAUCAUAUAGCGCUUUACUGUUAGCCUCAUGCUUUCCGCCAUAUCUUUUUUCAUUCCAAUAUUGAUCGUCAGGGCUUGGUUUUUGUUUUUGGGGUUUUUUUGUUUUGGGGGGUUUUCUGCAUUGGACUGUCACUGUAGGACUAUAUAUGUUAUCGGGGCAGUGAGUUAAUAGUGGGUGUGGAUGAUGAGUCACAGAGAAGUAGCAAUCAAAAUUCAAGAGUGAGUUUAAGAGAUGAGAGAAGCUCCAUGAGGAUAGAGAACAGUCCACAUAUAAGGUGUAUUGGUUGAGAGAGAGGGACUGGCAGACAAAGAGAGAGAGAGAAGGGAGAGAGAAGAGGAGAGGGGGACAGAAAAGCAAAAUAGAAGAGAGGAGGAGGGAGAGAUGAGGGAGAGAUAGAGAAGAGAGAGGGGAGAGAUGGAGAGAAAGUGAGAUUGCUCAGUUUUUCAGAAGGUCCUUCAGCAUUGGGACAAAUAAAUUUAUUUUAUUUUGUAAAAUUUACCAUCUUUUCCUUCCAUUUGAUGAAUGGACAGAAAGAAUAUUGUGAAACUGAGAGAAGGUAGAAGCGACGACUAGCUCAUGAAUUGAGUCUUUUAGCUCUUUGGCCUUUUCCAAUGGCUGUAGAUGGGAGGUAUUUGUUUAAAUGGGCAUGAAGGAGGGAUUUACAUACGUUUCCCUGUUGUUGAAAUGUAAAUAUCUGUUUCUAAUAAAUAAUAAUGUUACAUGUAAUAGUUUCAGGCAAAUUUGCAAAGAAAAACCCACCACUAUCCCCGCCCUCAAGGUGUCCAAACAUUUGGACUGCCCACAGUAACAUCCACCCCUAGUUUGGUUGUAGCUCAGUUUGUUUUCCUCUGUUGGUUAGUCUGCUAGUAGUAAUGUCAAUACUGCAGGAGAUUCAUUAGGUCUGUUGAAUUCAUGCAGUGUUUGGGAGGCCACAUCAAAACCAGCAAAGAAACUCAAAAAAGCAGAUGCUCCUGAGGUUCCCAUCUCUAUGGCACACUGGCAACUGGACCACAGCUUCUUUCAACAUCAAUGUCAACAACGCCACUAGAACCAUUCCAUCACUUACCCACUCCCCCACUGGCACCCAUCACCACCAGCAAAACUGCAUAAAUACUUGUAUGCUGGGAGUCAAAUGACCAACACUUCCUCAUUGAAAAACUCAAUGUGUAUUCUCCUAGGAACUGCUCCAAUUUCAACAAAGAAAAACUCCCCAAGAAGAAAAGUUCACAAGACCCAGAACGAUGGAUGCUAAAUGUUUAAUCGUAUGCCAGGAGCAGUUAUAUAAGGUCUGCUCAGUUCUGAGAUCUAUAUUGGGAGAGAACAACCAGGACGGUGAAAUGUAAAAUACAUAUAAUCUUCCAGAGUAGCGCAAAAAGGAAUCUAUUCAUCCCACAGUCGUGAAAUCAUCCAUGUGCAGUGAUUUUUUUUUACGGUUUUCUAAUUUUGUAUUAUGUUUUGUAAAUUAUUUAUAAGGUGUUGUAAUGCUUCUUAUAUUACUUUUUUACAAACAGGUUUUUGCUAUGAGGCAUAAAGAGGUGCCUGAACAGGUUCUUGGGGAUAUAAAUGAUGUAUGUGUGUGUAACUCACUUGUGGGUCUUGUGGACCAUGCCUAUGGUUUGACUCCAUUGCUGAUUCCGUUGGGAAAGGACAGUGCAUUUUCAUGUUUCCGUGUCCCUGAAAGUUAAUAUUGCCACCAACGAUUCACAACAGAAAGCAGUUUCCAGCUCAUGGGAUUGUCUUUUGAGCAUUGCCCUGCAUUUCUGGUUGAUUUUGAGCUCUCUUCAUUAUUUCUAUUUGACAUGUGGGCCAACAGUGCUGUUCCUUUCACCUUCUGUUUCUGUGAUUGGUUUAUAGUCUUCUCCUGCAUGGAUUUUGGGAGAUUUCUUCUGACCAAAAGCUGUUUUGGAGAGUUACAAAUAUGAAAGCAUUCAGAGGUUUCAAUUUAUUUAUGUUGUACCAACCCACAUCUACUCCCCCACCAAACAAACAUACACACACAAACACACGCACACACAAACACACACACAAAGAGAACAAGGAGGCAAAAGGAGCUAGAAAAGAACAAGUAGAGGCGUACAAAAAACUCAAGCUAUAACCAAAAAGUAAUUAUGAAUUGCCUUUGCUCGUCUUCUCAAUGCUGGACCAAAGCUCAAUGUAUGUAGGUAUAUGCACAUUGUAUAGAUAUGGCUAAAUGUUGCUGACAAUCUUGCAAUACUAAACUGUUACUAUUUAAGAAAAAAGAUAAACUUUCAUCAGUGUUUACCUCAGCACUCUACUUGUACCCCAUUAAUGACCAACACAAAAUGAGAGACAAAGAUGGAGAACAUGGAAUUGAAUUUCCAUGUCAACGUUUGACUCUAAAAUCUCUUUGGGAUAACAUUUUGUAAUGAGCUUUUGUCACGUGGUUUGCUUGUCUCUGAUUUGAGAUUCUGUGAGGCACACUUGUUAGUUUCUUGUCAAGGAAGUGAGUUUCUGGUUAUUAUUUUUAUGUCCUCUGUGCUGUAAUCUACAGAAUGGUCACCAGGGUCACUAAUGAAGCCCUGCCAAGAGAUCUGCUUUUCCAUGCAUGCUGCACGCUGCAGGAAGGGGGCAGUACAAAGAGGGACUCUAUCAUUUUCCAAUAAUAAUAAUAAUAAUAAUAAUAAUAAGGAUAUUGAUAUUAGAGGAGUUGCCAUGAUGGACUUGUGACCAAGAAGCCAAACUGGAUAUUUAAAAGCUCCUAACUUGCUCUGACAUUGAAACCAAAGCUGAUUUACCUGCACAGGUUGCUUAAUGUUAAAAAAAAAAAACACUGACAAACUGUACUUUAUCUAGAGCAAUAUCUGUAUGGUCAGUAAAGCUGCACUUUGUGUAUUUCUUAAACAGCUUCAGAUCUGUCACUUUUAAUUUGUACCAUAAAAAAUAAAGAAUUGUUUGACAUGAGUUUGUAGCUGACAUCUGUCUUUAACUCAGGUGUACUAUUUACGUGGUCAGUGUUCAUGUGAUGUCACCACCAAAAGUGUUGAGUUCAUAUUGCUAUUAAAUCACAUUUUAAAUGGAA